AUGGCAUCUUUGAACAUGUUACUAUCAUGGCAGAAUGUCGUCACAGCAAUUUUUGUGUACCUUGCCAGUCUUACCAUCUAUCGCCUGUUUCUCCAUCCUCUUGCUCGGUUUCCAGGUCCAAAGUUAGCAGCCAUAACGCGGUGGUACGAAGGCUACUAUGAUGUUGUUCAGAAUGGCCAGUACACAUUCAAGAUCAAGGAACUGCACAAACAAUAUGGCCCGAUCAUACGGAUCAGUCCUUACGAGCUCCAUGUCAGCGACUCAACCUUUUUCAACACUCUAUAUCGUCAAGAGGGGCGCUGGGACAGGUAUGCCUUUGCGUGGGAUGCUUGGGGAGCUGAAGGUCCAACGAUCCACACAGUAGACCACGAACGACACAGGGCCCGCCGCCAGCCCUUGGCCACCUUCUUUGCUAAGGCCAAAGUAGCUGAUCGGAAAGACAUGAUCCGAGGACAUGUGAACAAUUUCUGUGAUCGUCUGUCCAAGAUUGCCGAGUCAGGGAAAACAGUCAAUCUAGGGGCUGCUGCUACCGCGCUGGCACGCGAUGUAGCCUUCGACUUCAUUCUGGCUAAGAGCUAUAACAGCCUCGAUCGUGAUGACUUUGAUGUCGCCGUUCUCCACGCCGCGCAAGGGGCCGGGCCCCUUUGGCGGAUCACCAAGCACGUGGGAUAUGUUCUGCCUCUGUUGAAUUCAAUGCCCUUGGAUUGGGCUAUCAAAAUUUCAGAUGAUGAGAUGAAGACUUUCUUUGCGCAUCUAAAGAAUGCCAUGGCAGAUACGAAACGUCUUAUGGCUGCCGCUGUAUCGCCUUCGCCAGAAGACAGAGGCCAGCGGACCAUAGUCCACGAGAUACUCGACUCCAAGCUCCCUCCCCACGACAAGUCUUUCCAGCGCGUCUUUGAGGACGUAUCCUCUGUCAGCGGCGCGGGAUUUGAGACUAUUGGCGGUGCACUUCGCCUGAUUUUCUUCCACGUUUUCAGUGAUCCUGAAAUUCUUCAACGACUACGAGCUGAACUCGAUUCUGCCAAGGAGAAGCACCCUGAUGUGAUGGAACUGAAAGUGCUUGAGCAGCUCCCUUACCUCACCUCGACGAUAAUGGAAGGCCUACGCCUGAGUCCCGGCAUAGCCACGCGCAUGGCACGUAUUGCCCCGGAUCGGGAUCUGUUCUACAAGGACUGGCGCAUACCCGCGGGCACGCCUGUCGGAAUGACCACAAUCUUAAUGCAUACAGACGAGAACUUAUACCCAGACCCUCAAUCCUUCAAACCAGAACGUUGGGUGGACGGGAACGGUGGCAAGAAUGCUGAGAAGGCGUAUGCGCCGUUUUCCAAAGGGACGAGAAUGUGCAUCGGAAUGCAUGACCAGUUUGUCAUUGGUACCAAAGGAAAGGGCUUUUUGGAGGCCCACGUUAGCAUUCGUGAGGACUAG